AUGUCUUAUUAAUAAGUGUAAUAAUUGACAUCUUCAUCCAUCAGUAGUAAAGAGACUUCAAGUGAUUCAACUCCCAUAAAAUCCAGUAACGUUAGCAUUUGGAAGGAGGCUUAGUUAAGCCAUAAAAACAAAGAAAUUCCUUCUGCAAGAUGGGGCCAUUCAUUUGUCAAAGCAAAUAAUGAUUUACUUUACUUAUUUGGAGGAUAUGCAGAAUCAAAUUAUAUGAAUGAUUAGUGGGUUUUUGAUUUGAAUAGUUUUUAGUGGAUUGCUCUUCCUAAUUACGGUAAUAUACCAGAAAAGAGGUCUAACCAUUCAGGAUGCUACCUAGAGUAGAAAAAUAAGAUUCUUAUAUUUGGUGGCGGUGGGAAGGAAAAGAAGCGAUUCAACGAUGUCCAUUUAUAUGAUAUAGAUAAUAGUAAUUGGGAAUAUCUAAAAGUUUAAAAUAGUGAUUUAAUAACUCCUCGUACUUAUCACUCCGCAAAUCUGUUCUUCGAUAAAUACCUAGUCGUUUUUGGAGGUGAAGGCGUAGGAGAUUUAAAUGAUCUUUGCGUUCUAAAUCUAGAGCAAGAACCAUCUUGGAUAUUAUUGUAACCAUUAGGCAAAGUCCCUCCAAAGAGGAGAUUUCAUUCCAGUGCGACUGUUUAAAAUAAACUAUAUAUUUUAGGAGGUUGCUUUUCAAACUAUAGAUGUCAUGACGACAUUUGGGAGUUAAAUAUCGGUGAAUAUUUAUAAGAUCCACACAAUACAUAGUUAGAAUGGAGAUAAAUUAUUCAUUAUAAUCACGUAUUUUAACCAAGAUGGGGCUAAUGCUCUCAAGUAUAUGAUGAUAAAAUUUACAUAUUUGGAGGAAGGAAUUUAAAGGAUUUGAAUGAAACGAUAAUAUUUGAUCCAUCAAAAUAAGCAGAUUGCUUAGUAAAAAUAGAUUAAACCUCUCCAAACCCAAGAAGAAGAGGAGCUGCUGUUGUUGUUGGAUCCACAAUCGUAGUGUUUGGCGGAUUUGAUGGAGUCUACUAUAAUGACAUUCAUUAUCUCAACAUUUCGUAAACUGAGAAUGAGCAUAAUUCCAAAAUUGAUACAGAAUCUCAUUUUAAAUUCCUUUAAAAUAUUAUGUACAGCUAACAAGGCUACGAUUUAGAAAUAUAAAUGAGUUCGUUUAAAGUAGGAAUACACAAAGUAAUUGUAUUAGAGAGAAUGAAUGACCCUAAAAACAAAGCAUUUUUAAACAGAAUUGAAAUUGCGGAUGUAUUAAAUUUGAGUCAUAGAGAUUUUGAAUAGAGGUUUUUCAUAACCACUGUUGUUUAAUAUUUGUAUUCUGGAGUAUUUGAUUAUAGGCAAAUAAGAAACCAAAAAGAUUUAAAUUAAUUACAAGAAUUCGCUCAUGAAAUUAAACUCAUCACUCUUUUAGAAGCAUUGAACCAAAAUGAGUAGUGGAUUAGGUAAGAAAUACAAUCCACUCUUGUAUAAAGAUUUAAUAGCUACUAUUUUUAAAGGUAUUUCCGCUAUAAAUAACAUUAUAAAAAAUUUCUUAGCUUUGCAAAUUCUGAUAAAAAACUAAAGUCAGAGCAUAAUUUAGAUAGCAAAGACAAAUCUAACAACACUCAUUAGUAAAUUAAAAACUAUGAUCCUACUUUUGUUAUUGUUAAUGAUUCAAUAUGGUUUGAAGACAAUGAAGUAUUUUAUUAAUAUUCAGAUAUCACUUUAUAAUGUGAAUUCAAAUAAAUUCGUGCUAAUAAACUCCUUCUAAGUUCCUAAUCUUUAUAUUUUAAAACACUCUUUGAAUAAGCCUUUAUAGAAAAAUCAGAAUCUAUUCUUUACAUAGAAAUAGUCUCCUACAGCACUUUAAAAAUACUAAUGAACUUUUUCUACUACCAUAAAAUUAUCCUUCCUUCAUGCUUCGAAAUUAGCGACUGGCUAAACUUAAUUGAGGCAUCUAAGUACUUUUAAAUUCCUUAAAUCUAAGAAAUUUGUGAAAUAGAACUAAUUAAAAUGAUCAAUAUUGAUAACUUAUUUAACUUAUACUACUCUUCUAUACUUUUUAAUUGCCCCAAGCUCCGUAAAAAUUGCUCAUACCAAUAUGCUCAAAAGUUGUAUUCAUAAAGUAUAUUUAUGGAAUAAAAUCCAAACGAAUAAGAUGACGAUAUUUUAAUAUAAAUGGGAAUAGAGGCUCAAUAUAUCUACAAAAUUUUAAGAUUUUAAAUCAGCUAAGAUAAAGUAAUUGAGUAAAAUGCAAUAAACGAAGCAGAACAGAUAGAUAUAGAAUAUGAUAAUCAUGGAGAUUUAAAAAAAGUUUAAGAAUUUCUUUCUAAUAAUAUUAACUGGGAAAGGUAAGAAGAUAUAAUAAAUAGAUUAAAGCGCUGUAAUACAAAACAAAAAAGUUUCAGCCAUUAUUUUAAUAAUAACAUGAUCUAAAACAAUACAUAAGUGAGUAAUGCCUACUAAAGUUGCUAUUGUUCUAAUAAUUGUGAAUAAGCCUUUUCAUAAAACUUUGACUCAAAUACAAAUGUACAUAUUUAUGACUCAGGAGACAGCUCUUGCAAACAAAUAAAUAAUUACCAUAGUGCUGAAAUAGAAAAGUUUAAUCAUUCGACUUAAUCUUCUUCUAAGUGUUUAUCCUAGCUCUUUUAAUCUUAAGAUUUAACUGUAUUUUCUAAAAAAAACUACACUACUUCAAAUUUAUAAAAUAAUCAAAAAACAAGUAAAAACACCAAAUAUAAAAACUCUUCUAAUUCCACAAAUGAAUACAGUUUUUGUCUGUCAGGUAGAUCACAAGACUCAAUUUAAUAUGGAACAAUCUAAAAUGGGAAUAAGACAAGUUCUGAAAACUGUAAUUCUGAUUUUAAUGCUGAUUCUGAAGAAUAUGAUAUUUAAAACACUGCCAUGAUUGAAGAAACACAGACAUUCGUUCAGUACUAAUCUAAUAUGGAAUACUCUCUUUGA